AGAUGGCGAUGCGCUCAAUGCGGAAGGCGCGUGGGUGCUGGAGCUUCAUCCGGGCACUUCAUAAAGGACCCGAAGCUGCUCAGGCUCCCCAGAAAGAUGCUGUGAAGCGAGUAUUCUCUGGCAUUCAGCCUACAGGAAUCCCCCACCUCGGCAAUUACCUGGGAGCCAUUGAGACCUGGGUGAGGUUGCAGGAAGAACAUGGCUCAGUGCUGUACAGCAUCGUUGACCUACACUCCAUCACUAUCCCCCAGGAGCCGGCCGUCCUUCGGCAGAGCAUCUUGGACAUGACUGCUAUUCUUCUCGCCUGUGGCAUUAACCCAGAGAAGAGCAUCCUUUUCCAACAAUCUCAGGUGUCUGAACACACACAGUUAAGUUGGAUCCUCACCUGCAUGGUCAGAUUACCCCGGUUACAGCAUUUACACCAGUGGAAGGUGAAGAUUGCCACGCAGAAGCAUGGCGGGACAGUGGGCCUGCUCACGUACCCGGUGCUCCAGGCAGCCGACAUCCUGUUGUACAAGUCCACACACGUUCCUGUCGGGGAGGAUCAAGUCCAGCACAUGGAGCUCGUUCAGGAUCUAGCACGAGAGUUUAACAAGAAGUAUGGGGAGUUCUUCCCGGUGCCCAGGUCCAUUCUAACAUCCCUGAAGAAGGUGAAAUCCCUCCGUGAUCCUUCUGCCAAAAUGUCCAAAUCGGACCCUGAUAAACUGGCCACGGUCAGGAUAACAGACAGCCCGGAGGAGAUCGUGCAGAAAUUCCGCAAGGCUGUGACGGACUUCACGUCGGAGGUGACCUACGAGCCAGCGCGCCGCCCCGGGGUCUCCAACCUGGUGGCCAUUCACGCGGCGGUGGCCGGCCUCCGCGUGGAGGAAGCGCUGCAGCACAGCGCGGGCGUGGACACCGCUCGCUACAAGCUCCUGGUGGCCGACGCCGUGAUUCAGAGGUUUGCUCCAAUUAAGAGGGAGAUUGAAAAACUGAAGACCGACAGGGGCCACUUAGAGAAGGUUCUCCAGGUGGGCUCAGCCAAAGCCAAAGAAUUAGCCCAUCCUGUGUGCCAGGAGGUGAAGAAAUUGGUGGGGUUUCUAUAGGAAGCUUCCCUGCGUGGCAGAAAACCUUUUAUGUCUUGUGGCCUGUGCACUCCUAUUAAUAAAGGCAGCUUUCCU